AUGAGUAGAAGAAGAACUGCCGGAACUCUCUUCCAAUCAAAGGAAGACACAAAUUUCAAAGAGGCCUUGAAAUUGUAUGAAUCCAAACAAUACAAAAAGGCCCUCAAGUUAGUGGACACUAACUUGAAGAAAAAAUCACAUCCUCAAUCUUUAGCCCUCAAAGGGUUGUUGCUUUACCAUAUACAUGCUGCCAAUGGUAAAAACGAGGAUCCAGAUAAUCUUGAACCAAAGUCUUAUUUCCAAAAAGCAUUGAAAGAAGAUGCAUCAAAUCCGGUAAUUAAUCACAUUAUUGCAAUUUUCUAUAGAGCAUUACCUGAUUAUACCGAAGCUGCCAAGUAUUACAAGUUAGCAUUGGACAAUGGGUCUGAAAAUAGAAAUAUUUGGAAAGAUUUGGCGGUUUCUGAAAUACAAUUGAGAAAAUAUAAGAACGCAUUGGCCGCCAGACUCCAAGUUUUAAACUAUUUUCAAGGUUACAGAGCUAAUUGGACAGGUUUGGCAAUUACCCACCAUUUGAACAAGAAUUAUGACCAAGCUGAAAAAGUUUUAACUGGAUUUGAAGAGCUUGCUGAAGGCAAAUUGUCGGACCCUGAAUUUGUGGAGCACUCGGAAUGCUUGCUUUACAAGAAUAAAAUCAUCUUUGAAAGUGGUGACGUCAAGAAAGCUUUAAAAAACUUGAAGGAAAUUGAAAAAACCGUGUUUGAUCAUUUGAGUGUCAAUGAAUAUAGAGCAACUUAUCAAACUGCUCUUGGUGAUCACAAAGCAGCUUCAAUCACUUACAGAAAGUUGUUGCAAAGAAAUCCAGAUAAGACUGACUAUUACUACUUGCUUGAGGCCUCUUUGGGUAUUGAACAAUCCAACAUAACUAAAAGAUUAAAAUUAUACAACAAGCUUGAAAAGUUUUAUCCAAAAUCCGACCCUCCAAAAGUUAUCCCAUUAAUGUUUUUAAAGGCCGAUUCUAAGGAAUUUGAAGAUAAGUUGAAAAACUACUUGAUUUCUAAAUUGCAAAGAGGGGUUCCAUCAGUGUUCAAAACUUUGAAAUUCUUGUAUAAGAAUCCUGCUAAAGUCCAAGUUAUUGAAAAGUUGGUGCUUGAGUUUUUGGAUGAUUUGGCACAAAAAUCUAAACUAGAUGUUGAUCCAACCAUCACUGUCUGGACUUUGUACUUGCUUUCUCAACAUUAUAUGUUCCUUGGUGAUAUUUCAAAGGCUGAAGAGUAUAUUGACAAAGCCAUGACCCAUUCUCCAACUUUGGUGGAACUUAUCUUGUUCAAAGCUAAUAUUGCCAAGCACAAGGGUCAAUUGGUGGAGGCUGCUGAUAUUGUCAACAGUGCCAGAUUAUUAGAUUUGCAAGAUAGAUUUAUCAAUUGUAAGGCCACCAAGUAUUAUUUGAGGGCUGACAACCUUGAAAAAGCUAUCGAAAUUGCCUCUUUAUUCACAAAGAAUGAUGAUGCAGUGAACGGCUUGAAAGAUUUACAUUUGAUGCAAGCUAACUGGUAUCUUAUCGAGGAGUCAGAGGCUUAUUUCAGAUUGUUCAAGAAAGCUAAGAAUGCAUUGAUCAAUCACUUGAACAAGAUUGAUUCCGAGAAUAUCGAAUUUACCCCAGAGCUUUCAAGAGAGGUGAAGGACGAAAUCGACGAAGUCCAAAAAUUGAAAGGCUUGACGUUGAAAAGAUUCAAUUCCGUGGUUAAGAACUAUAAAGAAUUUGAAAAUGAUCAGUUGGACUUCCAUGGCUAUUGUCCAAGAAAAGGUACUCCAAGAGCUUAUAUUUCUAUGUUGAAUUGGGCUGACGGUCUUUUCAACCAACCUCUUUUCAUGAGAGCAGUCAAAGGUAUGUCAGAAGUUUACUUAUCCAUUAACGAUGAUAUUGUUAACAGGGAAGCCUCUAUUAUCUACAAAUAUUCUGAAAUAAUUGCAUCUUCUGCCAGUAAGAAGAGUAAAAAUAAAAAUAAAAACAAAACCAAUAAGAGAAGAGAACAAGAGGCCUCAAAGAUUAUUGCCUACGACCAUGAUCUUGACGUGUUUGGUGAACAGUUUGUCAAUACCGAUGAGCCAAUUGAAAAAUUGAAUGAGUUGUUUAGUUUGACAACUGAUAAAACUUCGGUAUUUUACUUAAAAUUGUCUUUCUUAAUUUACAUUAUUCAAGGGAAAUUCAUUUUGGCAUUCCAAUCAUUGAAGAAUGCUAAAGACAUAUUAGUUGACCCUUCGCAAGCUAUCUUGCCAUAUUACUUAAUGAAACUUGUCGAAUCACUUAAAAACAAUACCGAUCCUAAACUUGAGGCCAUCAAAUCUAUGGUUGUUAAAUCUAUAUCCAGCGUUUUCAAAGAUUUUAACGCCGAUGAAUCAUUUGACGUUAUUUUGACUAAAUUCUUCAAACUUUCUGAAGCUGAUGGUUUAGAAAACCAUUAUUUCUAUUUGAAGAGCACAAAAUUGGCUGGAAAAUACGAUGAAGCAGUGGCCACUAAAAUAUUGGAACUUAUUAACAAAGGGAAGAUUGAUAGGGAUUUGAAUCUUGAUGAAUUGGUGAUUCUUAAAGACUAUGUUGAAGCAAAUGGAUCCGAAGAUUGCUACUGGAUCUGA